GGAGCUCGCCAGAGCUUUAUUUAUGCUCCCCGGGAGCCUGGGAUCCGGCUGCUCGGGAGCCGCCGGCUCUCCCUUUCCUUUUCCGGGUGCAAGGCGACGGCAAAGUCUCUAUGCAACUCAGCCCCGGCGCGCACUUGGCCAGGUAUGUACCGCGGGCGCGGCGCCCUGCGCGCGGAGGCACAGGCUGCGGCCGCCACGGCGGCGGCGGCUGCCAGCUCCCGGGCUCCGGAGCCGGCGCGCCGCGCCUGAGCUGAACUUGACCCGGGAGUGAAGGGGGCCCCAUCGGGCGAGCGAACCGCUCCCGCCCGGCGCUCCCCGAGGGCGUCCGUCGACGCGGGGGGAGAGCGAGCUCCAGACCGACGCCCCCCGCCGCAAGCCCCGCGCUUCCCCUCCGUCCGUCCACGCGCACGCAGCCGGGGUGGACCGAGGCGGCCAGCGGACUCCGAGGGACCCGGGACGGCCGCCGCGGCCGCACCUCCGGAGCCACGACAACAGGUCGUCUCUUGGAGACGCCUUUGGCGGGAAGGACUACUCGGGCGGCAAGAAAGGAAAGGUGGAAAGGGUCCUUCUCUUAGAAGGCCGCCGCUGGGCGACUUUCCCCGCGCCUGCCCCGCUGCCCCGCAUCCCGACCCCCCAGCCAGCGGACUGCGGGGGGAGAAGCGAGCGCAGACACCUGUUUGCGCAGACGGCUGUUCCUUAAGUCACCUGCGCGCCGACGUGUCCAGCUGCUGGCAGAGAUUUGUUUGACAUCUCCACGGAGAGAGAGACUUUUGGGGUCACCGUGUGUUUUCAGUAGUAUCUCAAACUCUGGUCUGCGAGGGAGGCCUGAGAGCCGUGUCUUACGCGCGCCACCCUGGGAGAGCCUCGUGCCGUGAACGCGGUUCCCCGGGGGUGAAGGAGCGUGGCGUUGGGUUGCUUCCCUUGUGGCCCUCGGGGGGACCCGGGUCGACCUCGUGACCUGCGCUCCCGGACAGCAUGGCAGCUGGAGUGGCGGCAUGGCUGCCCUUCGCCAGGGCAGCCGCCAUUGGGUGGAUGCCUGUCGCCUCGGGGCCUAUGCCAGCUCCGCCGAGGCAGGAGAGGAAACGGAGUCAGGAUGCCCUGAUCGUGCUGAACGUGAGCGGCACCCGCUUCCAGACCUGGCAGGACACGCUGGAACGCUACCCGGACACUCUGCUGGGCAGUUCCGAGAGAGACUUCUUCUACCACCCGGAGACCCAACAGUACUUCUUUGACCGUGACCCUGACAUCUUCCGCCACAUCCUCAAUUUCUACCGCACGGGGAAGCUUCACUACCCCCGCCAUGAGUGCAUCUCGGCCUACGAUGAAGAACUGGCCUUCUUCGGCCUCAUCCCAGAGAUCAUUGGCGACUGCUGUUACGAGGAGUACAAGGACCGCAGGCGCGAGAACGCAGAGCGCCUGCAGGAUGACGCUGACACCGACAACACUGGGGAGAGCGCGCUGCCCACCAUGACCGCCAGGCAGAGGGUCUGGCGGGCCUUCGAGAACCCCCACACCAGCACCAUGGCCCUGGUGUUCUACUACGUGACCGGCUUCUUCAUUGCCGUCUCGGUCAUAGCCAACGUGGUGGAAACGGUGCCCUGUGGGUCCAGCCCGGGGCACAUCAAAGAACUGCCUUGCGGGGAAAGGUACGCGGUGGCCUUCUUCUGCUUGGACACCGCCUGCGUCAUGAUCUUUACUGUUGAGUACUUGCUUCGCCUGGCCGCAGCGCCUAGUCGCUACCGUUUUGUGCGAAGUGUCAUGAGCAUCAUUGACGUGGUGGCCAUCCUGCCCUAUUACAUUGGGCUGGUGAUGACAGACAAUGAGGAUGUCAGUGGAGCAUUCGUCACACUCCGAGUCUUUCGCGUCUUCAGGAUCUUUAAGUUUUCCCGCCACUCUCAAGGUCUGCGUAUACUGGGGUACACGCUCAAGAGCUGUGCCUCAGAGUUGGGCUUCUUGCUCUUUUCUCUUACAAUGGCUAUCAUCAUUUUCGCCACGGUAAUGUUCUACGCAGAGAAGGGCUCCUCAGCAAGCAAGUUCACCAGCAUCCCUGCUGCCUUCUGGUACACCAUCGUCACCAUGACAACGCUGGGGUAUGGCGACAUGGUACCAAAAACCAUAGCAGGGAAGAUUUUUGGGUCCAUCUGCUCACUGAGCGGCGUCUUGGUCAUUGCUCUGCCCGUGCCUGUGAUAGUGUCUAACUUCAGUCGGAUCUACCACCAAAACCAACGCGCAGACAAACGAAGGGCACAGAAGAAAGCAAGGCUGGCCAGGAUCCGGGCAGCCAAAAGUGGAAGUGCAAAUGCCUACAUGCAGAGCAAGCGGAACGGGCUGCUCAGCAACCAGCUGCAGUCCUCAGAGGAUGAGCCAGCCUUCGUUAGCAAAUCCGGAUCCAGCUUCGAGACGCAGCACCACCACCUGCUCCACUGCCUGGAGAAAACCACGAACCAUGAGUUUGUGGAUGAACAAGUCUUUGAAGAAAGCUGCAUGGAAGUUGCCACGGUUAAUCGUCCUUCAAGUCACAGUCCCUCUAUCUCUUCACAACAAGGAGUCACCAGCACAUGCUGCUCACGAAGACACAAAAAAACUUUCCGCAUUCCUAACGCCAAUGUGUCGGGGAGUCAUAGAGGCAGUGUGCAAGAACUCAGUACAAUUCAGAUCCGAUGCGUGGAGAGAACUCCACUGUCCAACAGCCGAUCCAGCUUAAAUGCCAAAAUGGAAGAGUGUGUUAAAUUAAACUGUGAACAACCUUACGUGACCACAGCAAUAAUAAGCAUCCCAACACCUCCAGUAACCACACCAGAAGGCGAUGACAGGCCUGAGUCUCCUGAGUAUUCCGGGGGGAAUAUCGUUAGGGUGUCUGCUUUGUAAAACAAUUGGCACCAAAGUCUAAGAGAAUUUGAGUCCUGACCAUGGAAAAAAAAAUCUGAAGUAGAAGAAAGAAGAAACAAUAACUUUUUUUUGCACAUUAAGACAGCAAAGCAAGAAGGUUGGCAAAGAAUCAAAAAUAAUUGAAGAUUGAGGAUGUGAAUCAAACCACCAAAAGGCAUUUCUAGGCAGCGUUCGUCCUGCUCACAGAGGAGGACUCUGUGACCCUUUGACUUUGUGAAUGAGCACAAUGAAAUGCCAUCUACCAAUGCUUCUUAUGAUCAGAACUCUUUUUUAAUAAAACAAAUAAAACGAAUCUUUGAACAUAAUGUUCCAGUUGAAUGCAAAACAAAAAAAAAUACGGAAAACAUUUUGAUAAAAAUUUUUCCUGUUAAAUCCAUGAACAUUGGCUCUGGCGAAGAAUACUGCAGAUGGAAACAUUCAUACGAUCUAUUUGUCUGGACUGAAGGAAACCACCCUAAUGCAUGCUAGAAUUCUUUGGAGCAGUGAUCUCAGUUUCCUUAUGUUGUCUUCAGAAUAGGCAUGAUAAACUAUACCUGUAGAAAGGGGAAAUUUCUGUGCACUUACAAUGAGCUGAUUGUCCAUGUUCUCUGGUGGGCUGUGCAAAUAAACUCCCUUUAGCACUGUAGUGUUUCUCCUGGGGAUGCGCACUAGUAAAUCUAAAGUGUUCGGAUAGUUCAGUAUUAAUUAUUGUUUCACCCUGCACCUAGUCGUUGUUAUCAGUGCAAUAAUUCAUUCUAUAUCUGUUGUAUCAGGCAUCAGGAUUUUUUUUUAGACUUUCCAUAUAUUCAUAGAUACAGUAAGAGCCACAUUCAUAGAAAACUUCUGGUCGUGGCCAGGUUUUAGGUGACUUUUUAAUCCAAAACUAUGUGUCACCAAUGUUUUCUGGUAGUAUUCUUUGGUCCACUGUAUUCCUGUGACCCGGUGUGUUUUCCAUCCCUGGAUCUCUCUAGUGUCUUUCUACUGGGCUUACCCAUUAAUGACAGGAUUCGUAUUUACUGUAGUAAAAACAACAGUUUCCUGCAUUACAGUUCCCAACCGGCUAUUAUAAGAAGACUGUCAGACACCCCCUUGACAAAACUAGAGUAAAGGAGCUGACAUGAAAUAUCUCCAGUGUUUUCACUAUUUAUGGAAAACCCAGACCCUGAAAACACCCAUAUGUGUCUUAUGAGAGGAGUUAAAUGAGACUGAAAAAAGAAUCACAGGCUGAAUGAUUUCAGAAUCUAACUCAGUGUAUUACUUAUUUCGCUUCAGAUCUUGAAUACAGUUUGAGAACAGCUGAAAUGCAGAGGUAAAUGAAAAUGCUUUGUGUAGCGCUAUUUGAUGAGAGCAUGCUUUUGAUGCCAUCCAGGAAAGCAACAAUCGAUCUCAAAAGAUUCCAGUGCAUCACAAGGCACAAAGUUCUCUGCAAAACCAGGACAAGAGUGUGGCGAUGCGAAGUUGACCACUGUGUACAUUUAAACGAAGUCUUGCUAGCUUUUCACCCUCAGAUAUCCUCAGAUGUGUCUGCACGUGACAAUGUGAAAAGUUCUAUGUCAAAUGAAAAGUUUUGUUCAUUCUAAGCCACCACCCUAAGAAUGAAAGCUUAGUUUCUAUAUGUGGGAAAGGUUAACAAUUAUUCCUCUGUCAUGAAGAUUUUGAAAUGCUUACCACAGUUUACCAUAAAAAGAAGUUAAUCCAAACAUUUUCAGGUAGAGCCAGACAUGGUCACUUCCCGUUUAGAGACCAGCUUCUAGAACAUGGCUAGGCACACCUUCAUCAACAGCUGAGUGACAGGAAGAGACGCUCAGCUGACGCGCGGGAACACCUGGCUUUACUCCUAGCGUGUCUUUGAAAAGUUACUAAUAUUCCUGCAGCGUGAAUAUUAACAAUUCUAUUAACACCUGCCUGUUGUCACUUUAUGCUUCUAGAGCAGAUAUAUAGUGAAACUUAUUUGAUGGCAUUUAUUGAAAAAAAUCUUUUAAAAAUAUAGACUAAGGAAAGUACAAUCAGGAACACUUAACAUCUUUUGAUUCCCAAUAAGUUCUAUUUUCAUGUUCCUUACAGUACUUAAAAUGAAAUACACUUAGCUUAUUUUCAUUGAUAAUUAUUCUUCCUCUUUUUAUUUGUCAUUUAUCACACAUUAUUAAUUUCUUCAGAUUUUCAGAAAAGAGAUUUAAAAACUUUUUGAUGUUUUAGGUGAUUUGAAAAUAUACUGUGUUGGUGGUGAAUGACUAUUGAUGACUUUGUUAAGUGCAUCUGUAUUGUAAGUGAAAUGUAAUUAUUUCUGUGUAUCAUAUGGAGUAACUAAGGUCAUUGUUUUUUGACAAUUUUGUUUGAAAUUCAUAUAUCUUAUUUCAAAGGAUAGCAUAAUACCUGCAUUAUGCUGGAAAAAAAUAGACUUUGGCGAAUACUUAAAUAAAACAUGUGCAUGCUUGAACAGGACAA